CUCUUCUUCUCUUCACAGCUCUUGCUGAUCCUUUAUUGGACCUCUCACCCAUCUUGCCACCUUCUUCUUCUUCUUCUUCUUCUUCUUCUUCCAUUUUUCUCCUGUUUUUCUCAUCACAGUAGAAAAUAGAGAAACACUGACAGCCAAUUUGUUGACAUGAAGUUAAUCUGAGCUUGGGUUUGUUAAAAUGAAAAGAGAGCACAAGGAAACCGGUAGUAAUACCGGUGGUGGGGUGAAAGGAGAGACUUCUUCAAUGGCGGGUGGCGGCAAAGGGAAGUUGUGGGAAGAGGAGCAGGAUGCAGGGGGGAUGGAUGAGCUGCUUGCGGUGUUGGGUUAUAAGGUUCGGUCGUCGGAUAUGGCGGAUGUUGCUCAGAAACUGGAGCAGCUCGAGAUGGUCAUUGGUUCUGCUCAGGAAGAUGGGAUUUCGCAUCUGGCUUGCGACACUGUUCAUUAUAAUCCUUCAGAUCUCUCUGGUUGGGUUCAAAGCAUGCUUUCCGAGUUCAAUAAUUCUCCCUCCGGCAAUCUUGACCCCACCAUGGUUCUUCAGAAUCAGUCAAUUCAGGACUCUGUCGGUCUUACUUCACUUGAUUCCAACUCGGUCAAUUCCAUCCAUUACUCCAACAAUUCGCAAGCAAAGAAAUCCGAAAGGAUCGAUACUCACUCUCAAAUUUACCAUGACGAUUCCGAGUAUGAUCUCAGGGCGAUUCCAGGAGUCGCUGCGUACCCCUCGCGAGAUGAUUCUGAAACAGAGAAUUCCAGAAAACGAAUAAAGACCACUCUGGGGUCCGCUUCUGGUUCUUCUCCUUCUCCUUCUCCUUCUGCAGGUUUGUUGACUUCAUCUUCCUCGUCAUCUACAAUCGGAAUCUCGACCGCCAUCCCUGACUCCGCUCGGCCGGUAGUUCUCAUCGACUCGCAGGAAACAGGGGUGAGACUCGUCCACACGCUCGUGGCCUGCGCAGAAGCAGUUCAACAAGAGAACAUGAAGCUGGCGGAUGCGUUGGUUAAGCACAUAGGAUUACUUGCAGCGUCGCAAGCUGGAGCGAUGAAGAAGGUCGCGACGUAUUUCGCCGAAGCAUUAGCUCGGAGAAUCUACAGAGUCUACCCUCAAGAUGGAACUCUCGACUCAUCCUACUCCGAUAUUCUCCAGAUGCACUUCUACGAAACCUGCCCUUACCUGAAAUUUGCGCAUUUCACAGCGAACCAGGCGAUUCUCGAAGCUUUCGCUUCAGCAAACAGAGUUCACAUCAUCGAUUUCGGUCUGAAACAAGGGAUGCAAUGGCCGGCGUUAAUGCAAGCACUUGCAUUACGACCCGGCGGCCCACCCGCGUUCAGACUAACCGGAAUUGGUCCGCCGCAGCCGAGCAACACCGAUGCGUUACAGCAAGUUGGAUGGAAGCUCGCGCAGUUGGCGGAAACCAUUGGCGUCGAUUUUGAAUUCCAAGGAUUCGUGGCGAAUAGCUUAGCAGAUCUCGAACCAGAAAUGCUAGGGAUUCGACCCGCGGAAAUUGAAGCUGUGGCGGUGAAUUCCGUUUUCGAGCUUCACAGACUCUUGGCCCGACCCGGUGGAAUCGACAAGGUGCUUACGUCAAUCAAGGCUAUGAAACCUAAAAUUAUCACCGUCGUCGAACAGGAAGCGAACCACAACGGUCCGGUUUUCCUAGACCGGUUCAACGAAGCUUUACAUUACUACUCGAGUUUGUUCGACUCACUGGAGGGUUCCGGGUUGGGAACGCCGAGUCAGGACCUUGUUAUGUCCGAGUUGUACUUGGGAAAGCAGAUAUGUAACGUGGUGGCAUGCGAGGGAGCCGACCGAGUUGAGCGGCAUGAAACUCUGACACAGUGGCGUACCAGGAUGGAAUCAGCCGGGUUUGACCCGGUUCAUCUCGGGUCCAAUGCGUUCAAGCAGGCGAGUAUGCUGCUGGCUCUAUUCGCUGGUGGUGAUGGAUAUCGGGUGGAGGAGAACAAUGGGUGCCUCAUGCUUGGGUGGCACACCCGGCCGCUUAUCGCCACCUCGGCUUGGCAACUGGCGGCGAGUGAGUAACACACAGUGAGUCAACUCGAUCAUGUCAGUGAUAGUAAUUUACUGAAUCAUGGUUAAAUGGUUUUUUAACUGUGUCGAGUUGCGAGAGGGAAGAAAGGAUGUUUAAGUGUUAAUUAAAAGUUAAAACCAGUCUCCGUCUGUAAUUUUAUGUUCUUAGGGUCCUCGUUAGCAAUUUUAUUUUCACCUUUUUUCUUUUGGUUUUGUGAAAAAACCUUAUUAAUUGGGAGAUCUUUCCAAUGGUAGAUUUUUUUUUUUA